CACCCGUAGUAAAACAUCACGCGCAUGUGCAGUGCGUAGUUUGGAACAUGUGGAUGUUUUUAGCGCAACACACACGUGCAUUACCGACGGCUGCAACUACUAGCUGCACCAGCUUCUGACCGUGUAGUGUUGUAACACUAAAUAUGGCAAAGACAGACGCUACAGGGGGUAGUAAAAGAGCAGAAGCACAGUCUGAGACCGUCUCUUCAACCAAACAAAAAGUCGGAAAAGAUGAAGCUGCUUCCAAGGAGAACCGAGAUGAACAAGAUUCCCAGAUGGACGCUGUAAUUGAAGUCAAUGGAAGUACGUCCACUGUGGCUGUAUCCUGGGACAAGAAGAGUGAGGAGGGAGGAGAAGAACCGACUGAGAUCAUCUCUUCCGCUGAGGCAGUCGACUCCACAGAGGUCGCACCCAGUGAGAGUACAGAGACAAAUAUGAUUCAAGAAUCUGGAGAAUCUCAGAUGGACGUUGUUGCAGGAAGUACAGCCGCUGUAACUGUAGCCUGGGAGAAGAAGAAUGUGGAGGGAGAGAGCGACGGUGUUAAAAAGACACCAGUAAAAGGGAAACGGGUCGCCGACUCUCCUGUUGAUGCCUCCCCAUCAAAGAAAACUAAGCUCAUCAAUGAAGGUUUUUGUCUUUUUGUCGGCAAUCUGAACAACUCCAAAACAUUUGAUGAAGUCAAAGAUUCGUUAGCAAAUUACUUCAUGACACAAAGUCUCCUGGUUCAAGACAUCAGAUUAGACCGGUCCAAAAAACAUGCAUUUUUAGAUCUGGCCUCAGAGAUGGACCUUUCCAAAGGCUUGGCGUUAAAUGGAGAAAUGAUCGAUGCCAAGCCGUUGAAGAUUGCCAAAGCAAAGGUCAAAAGUAACAAGGUGAAGGUGAAGGGGAAGGUUAAAGCUCUGGUGGAGGAGAAGAAAGGAGCCAAAGAUGGAAAAUGUCUGUUUCUGAAGAACGUCCCGUACACUGCAACAAAAGAAGACAUCCUGAAAGUCUUCCAAAAGGCCGUCAGCGUUAGGUUUCCUGGUGGAACAGAAGGCCCAAAGACGGGCAUUGCCUUUUUGGAGUUCAAAAAUAAAAGUACAGCGAAGAAAGUACGGCAGCGAAAACAAGGAGUCAAGGUCCUCGGCCGGAUCUUGAUUGUGGACAGUGUCGGUGAAUCAAAUGCGCCAAAAGUCACCAAAGCUAAAGACGUCAAACGCGACACAAAAGCUGCAGCUCCUCCAAAUAGCACCUUAUUUGUGAGCAAUUUGCCUUUCAAUCUGAAAGAAAAGAACCUCAAGAAUGCCUUUCAGAAAGCCAUUAGUAUCGACAUACCUGAAAGCCUAGGCAAACCCAAAAGGUUUGCAUUUGUCAAGUUUGCAACUGUGGCAGAUGCUGCAAAGGCCUUGCAGUCAUCCCAAAACCUGACUAUUUUAAAAAGGGAGGUCAAAGUACAGUUCUGCGAAAUGCAAGCAGACUCAUCAAAGACUUUGAUCGUGAUGGGCCUCGCAGAGAAGACGACUGAAGAGACUCUUAAAAGGGUUUUUGACGGGGCUUUAAGUGCAAGAGUCGCUGUAGAUAAAAAGACCGAAGUUUCGAAAGGGUUUGGCUUUGUGGAGUUUAAAAGUGAAGAGAACUGCAAAGCUGGCAAAGAAGCCAUGGAGGACUGCGAGAUAGACGGCAGCAAAGUGACUGUGGCUUAUGCAAAAGACCAGAGCGCACAGGGUCCAGGACCGCUCGCAAAGCCUCCUGUGGCACCUGUUGGACAGGAGGCUAGCAAGGUUGGGCGGAAAGCAAGAAAAAGAAGCAAAAAAGGUAAAAAAGGUGGAGCUGGCACACCACAGAAUGCUGUCAAAGUCGUGGAAGAUGCCGUCAAAGUCGUGGAAGAUGCCGUCAAAGUCGUGGAAGAUGCCGUCAAAGUCGUGGAAAAUAAAGUCUAACUUUCCUGGGAAAAGUUAUACAGAUGUAUCUCUCUUGAAAACAUGUAUGAACUCAAGACUUUUUGAGUUUCUUUGAAUGUGUCAGGGUGUGAAAAUGUGUUGAGUAUUGUUGGUCCUACCUGAUUGUAGGACAUGUGACACUUUGUAACUUUAGCUGUCAUAUAGUGUACUUUAAACCAUUAACUUCAUAACUAUUAUGAAAAGAUAUGAAAUACCCAUUGUCGUUUUGUUGUUAAAAGAUGAUGUGAAGAUAAAUAUAUUUUAAAACCCUA